AGACCGUGCUGAAAUGCAAAAAUAUUCAACGUAUAUUCAACAAACGUAUAUUCAACAUAUAUGAUAUAUUCAUAAAAUCGCCUACAGACAAGUGACAAAUAUAAAUGUAUCACAUGACAAAACACUAGCUAUACUGUAGGACAGGAACUACAUAGAAUUCUCCGUAAAAUGUAUUCGCGGUAUUCCUUAAUUAUUCCAUCGAAACAAAUACAGCUUGCCAACAAAUACACAUUCGUGCUACAAAUUCGAUCAACUAUAGCUGUUCAUCAACUAUGAGCUACCGUACAUUAAGCAGGAUUGAAACAGUUGGCUCGGUGGACUCUCGUGACCUUGAAUCUAUCGCAACAGUCUCUUCACACGAAGGGAAUACAAUUCAACCAGAUGGAUUGCCGGCAAUUCAGGAAGAAUCCACAGUCCCUGGCUAUGGUUUUGCUUCGACACUUGGAUCAAUUUGGUUGGAGCGAUGUGACAACACUGGGCAAGCAUGCCAUGGUUCAUGUUGUAGUAAGAUAAAAGCUUUCUUCAUGUAUAUUACGCUGCCUUUCUAUGUUCUCCUCGGCCCUUUCUUUCGUUCGCGAUCCACGCGGCGCAAAGUUACCCAUCACGGCAUCGUGUACUUUUAUAUCCUGAUGGCUUCCAACAUAGUCUUCAACCUUUGGGAACAGCAAAAAAAAAAAUCAUAUGAAGAAUAUAAAGAACUAUCCUAUCAGUUCCUGCAAUACUUUGAGGCGUCAAUCAUGGUGUUUGCUUUGAUAGCGAUGCUGUACAUCGCGUGGGCAACACUCGGAGAAGUGAAGUGGACUGUCCACGAGGCAAACUUAAUUUUCUAUUUUCGUGCGGGUCUGUAUGUGUUUGGUAUCUCGAGCAUGGUUUACACUGCGUUGAAUAUAUACAACGACUUCAGUUGUAAGGAUGGUCUUAAUAUUGUCUUGGAUAUUGCGAAAUUUUUGUUCAUCGUCUGUCAGAUACUGUUCCUUAAUUAUUAUUACCAGGCCAAGCUGCCAAGUUGUGGUUGGCGUAUACAAGUAAGCCUUGCGCAUAUCUUGGGUACUAAUUUGAGCCUUUGGAUUUGGACGAUAUGUAAAGAACACGAAACUGAAAACGAAGACAUUAAGCUUCGGAAACCUUGCUCUCCUCCGAUUUACUUGGGUAAAACAGAGAGAUACUUCUACCCUUUGUUCGUGGAGUACUUGUUGUUAGUCGCCAGCAUGAUCUAUGAACUCUGGAUAAAUUUAAACGUACCUGCCGAUGAAAGGCGUUUGCCGCCACGUCAAGAUUGGUACCGUGAAAAGUAUCAGGAGGAAUUAGAAAGUGGGGUGUCUCAUCCUGUUCAUCUAGUAUCGAGUAGAAGACGUCGCAAGUUUGCUCCGAGUCUCGCAUUCAGUUUUGUGCUUGGUCUGGCAUUCAGUUCUAUCUUCCUUGCCUUUAUAUUGGCGGCAAAUGAUUCCGGCGAGAAAUGGUACAACUAUUAUAUUAUUGCCAACAUCUGUUUGUACUCCACUCAAAUAAUCGCUUGUUAUGUCACCAAGGUUUGCAGCCAAUCCCAGCCAGCCAACAGGUAUCGUUUAAAUAUCAUGUUAGUUGUUAGAGCUCGACAACUCGCUUCUUGUAGCUCAGUACGUUGGUUCGAGCGCUGCACCGAAACUGCUCCAUCCACAAAACUCUUCUACUGCUUGUUUAUUCGAUCACCGUAAAGCCUGGUUCACACUAACAAUUUCGUCGGCCAUUUUGUGUUUCUGACGGAUGCAAAUGAGCGAACUCGCCACAAAUCCUUAGAGUGUCCUCCAGAUAUGCUACCUAACAAUAUCUGUUCGGGUACAACCACCUGCAUGCAUACAGCGCAAAAACUAACCAUUUUGAUACAGAAUUAUUAUAAAGAUUUACAAAAUUUGCUUUAUUUACAAAAGUUAUAUCAUGCACAGAUUGCUAAUUUGUCCUCCAGAUCGCAAUGGGUCUAUAGAGCCGCUUUUCAGAAGUAAACAAUUCUAAGUCUUUUGCAUGCCAUUCAUUCGAUCGCAUUUGCCAGGAGAAGAAAAAUCGCCGACAGAAUAGACCUUUCCCAUUUUAAGUGAAAUUUUGAUCUAGACUAGUAUGGACAAAAAUUUCAUCACAGCUUGAAAGAACAUCACAAAAUUAGUAAUAUUCCGAAAUUUCGUUGCGGAAUGUUGUAAAAUGCGGAUAAUAUAACCUUGCGAAGUUUGCCGUUUUUCAGUCAUUUUGUAUUACAAACGGGAAAUUGAUAAUCGGUCAUCUGAUUAUCAAUUUCCCGUUUGUAAUGCAAAAUGACUGAAAAACGGCAAACUUCGCAAGGCUAUAUUAUCCGCAUUUUACAACAUUUUGCAACGAAACUUCGGAAUAAUUACUAAUUUUGGUAUGCUCUUUCCAGCUGUGAUGAAAUUUUUGUCUAGAUCAUUGCUAAGCCCCGCGCUGCAAUCUAUGUAAAAACCUUUUCCCGGAGUAGAUCACAUUCACAUUCACUGCGAUUCCAAAAUGGCAUAACUAUAAUUUUCUUACGUGUCGUCCACGUGUUUUUAUAAAAAGUGUUGAAAACCUAGCAUACCACUCGAGAUCACGGCAGCUUUCCAUGUACCUACAGUUUCACACUUUUUCAUGAGAAAUAAUAAAUAAAAAAUUGAGAAUGAAAACAACUGACAUGCACGUUUCGGCGUCCUGCGCCUCAUCAGUGGACCAUGAGCUUGGUACACAUCUAGACACGCGAUGACUUUCGUAUUGAUAUACAGGGUGUAUAAGAAAACCGCAACCUCGGAAUUUCCUAAGAAAUCACUUUGCAAUUCUUAAGCAUAAAAGAUUUUAGGCCCCUGGGAAUUGAAAUCGAAUUGCUAAUAGAUCAUAUUACUGUUGUUGUGCAUUAAAUAAAUGUAUAAAUUUUGCUUUAUGCACUCGCGUGUGCAGUAAUUUUGACAGUUAUGCUAUUUUAAAUUCACAGGCGCCUAAAAUCUUUUGUCUUUAAAACAAUGUCGAUGUCUUGGGAAAUUCCGAGGUUGCGCUUUUUUUUAUACACCCUGUACAGGGUGUCCCAAAAAACCCCGAAAACUAUUGAAAUCACUUAUUGUUAAAUUUGAAUGUCCUACCAAACAGCUGGACGUAAUGAUGCGUAAAAUAUUGACAAGGUGCAUGUAUUAGAAUUUAGUUAGGAAUAUCUCCUGGUAAAGUGCGCGAUUUUCUGCUCCUGGGAAUUAAAAACAGCUUCUUAAACAGUUUCUUUAUGCAUAAAAUUUACUUAUGUCAAUCAGAGCGCUAAGGCAUUCAAAUUCUAACAAUUAAAUUGUUAUUGGUGAUUUCAAUAGUUUUCGUUUUUUUGGGACACCAUGUACAUGCAACAAUACUACAUACGUAAAAACGCACAAGUUGUAACAAACCUGUAACAGAAAGACUCUGCAGAAUUGUAAGUUGUAACAAUGCUGUUCCAACAACUUGUCAACAAAGAUGUGUUCGCACUUCGUGCUUGUUCCCAGCUUCUUGGCAAGUUGUCAACAGCUUGUUGUCGUUGUUGACAACUUUCUACAAGGUUAUUGAGCUCAACAGACUUGUUACAAGAGAGGAUCUAGAUGGGGUGGUGCCCAAAACAGUAAACAUUAUAUUUUUUAGUAAUAUAACCGAGUAAAGAUCCAUACAGACCAGACGCGAUUCGACAACGCGACGCGAAGUUUUAGUUUUUAAAAACAAAUAAAACCGUCAACGGAUAAAAAUUUUAUAAGAUUGCAGACCAAAUAGUUAAAAUUGCUUAGUGGUUCCGAAUAUUUGAAAAACAGAAAAAUAUUGAAGUUUGAAAAUUGAAAAUUCGCGUCGCGUUGCCAAAUCGCGUCUGGUCUGUAUGGACGACCUUCACGGUCAUACAGUAAAAUUUUGCGAAUUUCACGAAGACGUAAAAAAGCACUUAUAAUUGCUCCCAGAAUUUAAUGUAUGCUGUUAAUUAUACGUGGAUCACACAAAAAUAAAUGAAGUUUGUGUUGGGGAAGCAAAUAGACAGUCUUCUAAGACCAUCAAAGACAUAUUUUGUAAUUGUCACAUCCAUUUGAUGCAUAUGCGCAUAUGUUGACCUGCAUGAAGGCACAGAAAGAUGUAGGUGCUGGGUAAGGUGACAAGUGACAUAAAAGAUAUAACAGCUAGGGGCGUAAGCUGGGCGUAGGAAACUUGUAAAUUUUAGGGGGGUGACUCCCACGAGGCGCCAACCAUGGUUGGCGCUGAGCGGAAAAAAAUUGAAAAUUUGGAUUCCAGAUCGUCGGAAAUGGCAUUUUCAGGAUCUUCUCUACCACUUUCGUUAAAGCCCUUUCAAAUUCUGUCAUUAUGAUUUGUAAGCUAUCCAUGAGCCAAGAUGGAUGAUUAAUAUUACAGUAACUUCCCGAUGAAUCGCGAUGAUCAAUGCAAUCGAACUUGCACUUGCAUGUGUAUGUCAUACUUAUACCCGCAAAAAAUGUUGUUAUUAAAAUAACAAUAUAAAGACUAUAAACAAUUGCAGAUACAUUAUCAAUAUGAUAUAUACGGUUUCGAAUACGAAUAUAUUUAUUUUAAUAAACAAUUGCAGAUACAUUAUUAAUUUGAUAUAUACGAUUUCGAAUACUAAUAUUUUUUGGGGUGGCGAAAGCUAUCUCGCCCCCUCCCCCUUAUAAAAUAUUUGGGGGGAGUCCCCCCAGCCUACGGCCCUGAGCUAUAAAGAUCUGUAAGACCUGUAAAUACACUCUGACGGCGCUUUUUAUAUAGUUUUCUGAAAUUUAGUAGUUUAAGGCUUUAGUCGUGGUAUUUUUUGGUCUUUUUGAAAUGCGUUAGACUUUUUAUAGUAAUUACAACACUUAAUUGCUAAGUCUUCCAUGACAGUAAACAACAAAUUUUUUAGCGUUUCAACAUUAAACACUACAGAACAUGGGCCGUCAACACUAAACAUUAAACCCCAUCUAGAACCUCUUACAAGUCGUUCCAACAAUUUGUUAUCGUCCCGCAAUUCAACAGCUUGUCAACAAGUUGUGAGUGACAACCUUGUAUAGCCACUUGAUAAAAUAACAAUUAAUAUUGUUAGAAUUUGUUGACAAGCUUGCUACAAGCCUGCAUGUUGCGAACACAUCUUGUCAGUGACAAGUUGUAAGAUUUUUACUACUGUGUAGUUCUGCAAGUGUUAUAUUGUGUUGUGUUAUUGUUCACUCGGUGAUAUGAUAAGGAGAAAAUGUUCUCGUGUGAGACAUUUCAUAAUGCGCGGUCGGCUGGAAAUUAUGAAAUACCUCACUCGAGAACGUUUUUAUAUAUUUAUGUUCGAAGGUCUGAAUGAAAUUAUUAUAAAUCAAUUUUAAAACCACGUGUUAAUUAUUUAAUAAUCAUUUUGAUUAUAUUUUACAAUAGGAAACGUGCCUCACUCAACCUAGAUGAUGCCUUACUUUACUUUGGGUUGGCCGGCAUUACACUUUGGGAAGGAUUUCAUUUUUAUGGUCUACUUUUCGAAAAAAAUCGCGAACCAAUUCACUUCAUUCAUGGCAUGCUUGGUUUGUUUGAAGACCUCACACAGACGGUGAUUUUGGUCAGCGUGCGUCGCUUAUCAAGUAGGGAUGACAAAAAUGCACGCGCGAUAACAAAUAUGUCGCUGUUUUUGCUUGCCACGAAUUUCACAUUGUGGAUUCAGAAUUCUUUCUACAUCGAACAACAGCUUGAAAAUCCUGGAGAGCAUCACGAGACUCUUGAAGAACGCUUGGGUACUUUCGCUAAUAUUCUCAAUCCCAUUAUUAUAUUUUUUCGUUUCCACUCGGCAACUUGCUGUUAUCAGAUGUGGGUCAUUUUCAGCCACACCAACGUGAUUGAGAAUUAGGUAAUUUUUGAAUCACAACGCAAUGAAUAAAUUUUAAAUCGACAGUUUUAAAUGAAUUUUAUUGGCACAUUAAAAUGAAUCGAAAUUAACAGGGAAUUAAGAUGCGCUCGCACUAUUACGCAUAUCACCAUAGGCAGCUCAAAAAUACGCGUAGAACUGCACCAAAUGAACCAAGACCUAUAUCACUU